CGCAACCUGUCAGGAUGCGCCGAAGUCAGCACGUGUUCAUAGAACGCUGGUAAAGGACGCUUCUCAGGAAACGAUCUUCGAAUCAUCAAUAUAAACGACGAACCCUGCGCUCGUGUGCCUGUCUCCCUAGAGUUCUAACCCUUGUCGUACAAGUGCGCUAGCUGGCCACUCAGCUGCACAAUGUCUGCGGACCAACGUCUGUUAGCGGCGCAAGUCAUUGCUUUUCUACUGAACCUGACAACGGCUCAUCCGGCAUGCUACCCAAGAAAAGCCACCCACAACUGCUAUUACUUCUGCGAAGACUUCACUAGCGCUCAGGACUUUGCCAUGAUAGACCGCUACGAUGCGCGGAAUUGCAAGAACUUCGUCCUGAAGGACAGUUCCUUGGACCGCUUGCCUUCGAACGCUUUCGCUGGCACCAGUGCAUCUACGCUGCAUUUCAGUAAUGUCACCGUGGACGCGUACGGCGAUCAGCAAGAAAACGCGAGCAGUCCAUUCGACGCCCUUAAGGACUCGCUCCGCAAGUUGAUCUUCAGCGACCAGCCAAGAGCCCUCGACUCCUGGAGCCUGCUACGUGGACUGGACAUGCUGGAGACACUCCUGCUGUUGAACGUCAGAGAGGUAAACCUGACGGCAGAUUUCAACACGCUUCCACAAAGCGUCAAGGAGAUCCAGAUUCUGGGAGCACACGUGGACCGAGUCGAUCAAGACUGGCUGGCCAAGCUGUACGGCUUGAACGCCGUCAUGGUCAAAGAGACGAACCUAGGGAGCAUAUCAAGAUCAAUGCUGCCCAGGCCGGCACCGAGCCUGAUGAUCGUCGACCUGGCGGACAACAGCCUGACAUCGCUGCCUGAGGACCUCACCAUCGAUAUGCCUGUAUUGCGAGAGCUGGACGUCGGCUACAAUAAGAUCACGACGCUACAGGAAAGCACCUUGGCGCCACUGAAGAGGAACCGAGGUUUCGUCCGGAUGACCGGAAACCCGAUGACAUGUGAUUGUCGGCUGGCGUUCCUCCUCACGUACCCGAAGCGCUGGAACUACUACCUCUGCGCCAACCCCCUGUCCUUGGUCACCAGGUCUAUCCAGUCUCUCACAGAGGCGGAGCUAUGCGGUGAAGUCAGUGGUCCUGGCCUAAGCGACGACGUCACGGGACUUUCGAGUUCAGAACCGUGACGUCACAUAGUGACCCUCCACUUCUGUCUUCCGUAGACCUGUGUCUGUGUUUCCAUAGAUCUGUGUUUACCAUCAGUGUCGAUAGCAGAAGCGCUCAUCGCAUUCUUUGAAUUUGCAACGACAGGUUUUACUACGGAAAAGUCGGUCUCACAUAUGUAACGUUGCAGUCGUAGUGUUUUUCAGGAUUGCCGAGAGGAACGCACAAGCCGCCGCAGUGGUGUUUCAUGCACAGAAGUACAGAGAAGCGGAGACUGCGGACUGGCUCAUUUCUUGCAGAGCCAGGACAAAACAGUUCCGGUAACAGCGUAGCCACUGCUGAAGCAGCUUGUAAAAAGUAUGUUCUGAUAUAGUGCGUAAUACCAUGUGUUAAACAUAAGCGCUCAGUGUAGAGUGUACUAUAAUGUCUAACAGAAACAAUACCACCGAAAAGUCCUUAAUGCAAGAGGUAAGAUGCGCAGGUCUGGCGCUCACAGUGGCGUCCGUUAAGAUCACGUGCUUUCGUGUUCUUUGUUCACUCAUUGUACCGUAUGUCGGCAAACUUUGAUGAGAGCUACACUAUGGGAGAACUUAGGCUUUUUGGAAAGGCAUGCUCCUGAGGAACCUCUACUUAAGCAGCCGUAGCCAUGCUUCAGUGCGAGCCAGUCCAAGAGCCGUCUUAGUGUAUUCCCAUAGUAGUACUGUGUCUUUCAGCAUUAGAUAUGAAAGUGGCCAUUUAAAUAGAAAAUUUCCAAGAGAAAUCACUCGCUUUAUUCAGCUUGUUCACUAUACAGCCUUUAAGUAUAUGCUGGGAUGCUAUAAGCACAAAUUUCGAUCUCCCAGAUUUUCCGAAGCAUGCAUGGUCUACGGUAGACCAAGCAAUAGAGAUACUGGACACGGAGGAUAUGCAGCCUGACCACUUGUAAUCUCAUCUCUACGCUGUAUCAUCAUUCCUGUAAAUAAAGACAUACCACCUGUAACAAUAUCGUUAAUUCUGCAAUGAUGCUUUUUGU